AUGAGAGGCCACUGAGGGAUUCUUCAAGGAAGAAGAGAAAACCAACAGGCCUGCUAAGUUGCCAGGUGGAGAAUGGUUGCAGGAAUCACCCAUCUACUGUCAUGGAGGUCAGUCAUAGCUUCAAGUGAGCAACUGGUGGUGAUGGCAGGAGGGCCCCCUAGCAUGAAGGAGGAGAUAGAAAUGUGCAUAGCUGAAGAAGUGGGGCCUGGAAGCCAUGGGAAAAGUCAAGAGCAACUGGUGAUAGCAGAAAUGAUGGAGCAUGGAUCCUGGUCACUAGGUGCUCCCCAAAGGCGACAGAAGUUGGAACCAAAGGCUUCUGGCUCUUCUGCAGGCCAAACAGUUUGGAGUAUGAGUGCCACUCGGCCCAAGAAAUUGGGGCACCAGCUGCAGAAGCCCAGGAUGUCAAGAGAGCCAGGCCAUGGUAAUGCCCAUCCCCAAGAGUAUCCAGGCAGUUUUCAAGGCAUGAGGUUCCAUUAUGAACGCAACCCAGAAGCAGAGAUUGGCCUGGAAGAGCUCAAUGGACUAGAGAUGGAAAUCAUGAGAAGACAGCUGCACAUGAUCACUGGACGCCUGCGUGCCCUUGAGGACCAAGGCGCCACCUGGCGGCACAGGGAGGCUGUGUUCUUCACCCUGCUGGUGUCUGCCUGCAUCGCCAACCUGUGGCUGUGGAUGCGCCAAUGA